AUGAGCUUCGAUGCUCGCGAAGUUGCUGCGUCUCGCGCGCAUACCUCUCAGACCCUUCAUAUGCGCUCGCUGAUAUGCGUAGCUGUUCUUCCUACUCCCACCCGCUUCUACCUAUUGCGCGCACUGGCAAUGGAUCCCACGUUGGAAAACAUUUCCCGGAGCCGGCCAUUCGCCGACGAUGACAGAGUGACCGUCGGCGUGCGCAUUGUGUACUGUGAAGCACAGGCGCAGAAGCACGGUUUGCUCCCUCCCAAGUGGGAGCCAGUCGGCAAGAAGGCUCUUGCAAAGGUCUACGCUCUUUGCGAUAUCCUAGGUUGCAGGCCGGCGCAGAACAAGCUCACGAUCAGCGCAACGGUUCCCGGCGCCGUCGAAACGAUUCACAACAAUCGGCGGUAUGAUAACCCUCUGAUUCCCGCCAUGACGAGGAAGGUCAACCAGUUGAGCAUUGAGUUCAUGAGAGGCUACGGGGUCAAAAGUGUUGUUAUGCAUGUACUACCCAAUGCGAAGCGCGAUCUACGUGAUCAUCCACAAUGGUCUGCGGUGCACGCAUACGCGGGCAACCCAUCCCUCGUCAGCAGCUCUUUUCAUUCACGCAUUCGCCAAGUUCUCUCGCGUAAAGGCCGAGCUUCUGCGCCAGACUCUGCCUUCUCAGUAGCAGGACCGUCGACAACUGUAAUACAGGACGCCGAAGCGCUUUCACCCAUCAUCCCUACGGCCUUGCCGCCUCUCCGCUUCUCGAUGUCGGAUGGUCCGCCGAAUUCGUUGUCGGUGGGCCAGCUGCCGGGUGGGUCGACCUCGUCCGAGGUUCAACUUCACCCGGUAGCGUCGAGUGAGGGUGGGUGUUCGAUGCCGUCGCUCUUUUCCCAGACCACGGGCGCUGGUGGUCUCAACGCGUCGGAUUGCGACCCCAUCGGGCCGCUUCCCUCGAUGCCCGCUCAAGCGUCUGGCUCCGCUGUCUCCUCACAAGACCCCUCCAUUUCUGCUGCCGAUGCUACGGACUCACGCAUACAAAGCAUGACAUCAUCUUCGGCGCCUAUCACCGGCGCGCAUCCUCCGACAUCGCUGAAGCGCCCGCACUCGGCGCUCGCUGACAGCGACGAUACCGUCGCUCCCCCGACCAAGCUCCGCAAGACCAAGGGCCCGCUCCCCAUCACACGGUCGAUGACGGCGCAGGCCAAGGCGUCUCAAACCUCAUCAUCGGGGGUGAUGCUCUCGUCUCGUUCUUCCGCGCCCGCACCUGCUCCCGCACUUGCUCCCCAGGAGUACUCCGCCAUGCAAAACGUCGUCAGAGACCUUCUGGUGGAGAAGGCAAUGCUCGUACAGGCCAACAAUGCGUGCGCCACGCACAUACAGGCUCAGGCCGCGCACAUACAGGUCCUACAACAGGAAGUGUCGAAGCUUCCGGACCUUCAGGCGCGGUUACGGUCCGUGGAGAACAACUCGGAGAUUCUGCAUCGCGAGCUCGGCACUGCGCGCGUACGCGUUGCCGAGCUUGAGUCCUCUCAACGCAGCCAUGAGGAGAAUCUGAAGGUAGAACGCGAGGAGAACCGUCGAUUGGCGGCACAGAUUGCGGACUUGGAGGCAAGGGUUGCGCGCGUACCCGAGCUCGAGCGCGAAGUGCAAUUACGGAUGGACGAGGUGCAGAGCCUCAACUCUCAACUACAGGCGCUCAACGAAGAGCGAAGCUCUACCCUCACUCAACUCCGAACGGCUUUAGGUGAUGAGAAUGCCCUCUGGGACGAUGCGCCGCUUUCCAUGAUGCUUCUUGCCGUGGAGAGGAAACUCAGUCAGCGAGAGGUAGAUGAGCGUGGAUUGUCUCGUGCUGAAGACGAAGCGCAGGGACUCAGAGCUAGGCUCAGUGCGGCGGAGUGGCAGAAGACUGUGGGGCUGGAUCUUGCGCCAGCAUUGACCGACGCCUUGGCUCACAUAGCUGAGAUGGUCAAUUCAGUCUCAUCCUGA